AUGUUGAUCGGCAAAUCCCUACCGGAGUACCUCCUCAUCCGAACGGCCAUACCUGCUCUUCGACUCAUCGCUCCUUUGGCCAUUGUAGCAUGUCCAGUUAUCCUCAUUGCUCGGCCUCAGGCUGUCACGCAACAUCGAUGGCUCUGGGCAGUCGGGGUAUGGCUCAUAGCAGAGGCGGGCUUCUUCUGGGCCGUGUACGUUCCCCGCCGGCUCGCUCUCCAAAAGCCAGUAACGCAUCCCGCACCGCCAUCGAAGGAAAAGCGGGAGGAACUGGUUGAGAGGAGCCACAGCGCCCUUUCGGAUCCGGAGCACUAUCUUUCAAAGUGGUUCCUGAAUGCGCCGCUCACCGAGAUCAAACGGGAGAAUGUGAAGGAAUUUUAUGCAUGGUCGUUCAUGAACAAGCGGUAUGAGGAUGUCAGCCCUGACGAGGACGCUGAGCUGGAUGGCUACAUUGAUCAGCUGGAACGAAAGAUGGGUCGAUCGUUGGGAGGAGGGAAAGGGAGCGCGAAGCCCUUGAGGACGACCGUCGAUCCGGUGCCAAUGCAACAUCGGCCGUUGGUUUGGUAUCUGAUCGUAUUGCUAGUCGAGAGCGGUUGUGCACUCCAGUUGAGAUACAACGGCUUCCGCUUCUAUACAAGUUCUGCGGUACGAACACGAUUGACCUUUCCGCUUGGUCUCCACUCUCUGUCUCGAGACACCAGCGCGUCCUCUCGCAUCGGCUACUGGUACCGUGAGCAUACCUCGAAGAGCAAGAAACCCGUCCUCUUUGUCCAUGGAAUCGGCAUUGGCUUUUACACCUAUUGCACGUUCCUCACCGAGCUGAACUCCACCCAUUCGGACGACGGAGCCAUCGGUAUUAUCGCAAUCGAGCUCACGUCCAUCAGCAGCAGGAUAUGUGCAGCCGGUCCAUCUGCCGCCGAGGUCAAAGAUGAGAUUGGGAAGAUCCUAGAUCGCCACGGCUGGGACGAGGUUGUGCUGGCUGGACAUUCGUGA